AUGGAUCAACUCUCCAUCAUCGAUGCCAAUGAACGACAGCUUCCUCCUAUAGAUGGCGGCAAAGACGCCUGGCUCUUCUUAGCCGCCUGCUUCGUCAUCGAAGCUCUGAUCUGGGGAUUCAGUUUCGCUUUUGGGAUAUUCCAAGAUUACUACAGCACGCACCCGCCCUUUGCAGGUUCACAUAAUAUCGCCGUGAUCGGCACCUGUGCCAUGGGUGUGUCGUAUAUCCUCGAACCGCUGACAUUCGGCGUCUUGCUGGCAUUCCCACGUCUUCGGCGCUGGGCCAGUCCCCUCGGGUUUCUGAUCAUGUGUUUGGCGCUCUCGAUUAGUUCGUUGGCAACCUCUACGACGCAGUUGAUCGUCUCGCAGGGUGUUUUCUACGGUCUAGGCGCUAACAUCGCAUACACCCCGACUAUCAUCUUUAUGGAUGAGUGGUUUGUGCGGAAAAAGGGACUCGCAUUUGGGAUUAUGUGGGCAGGAACAGGUCUCUCGGGGGUCAUCCUACCCAUCACCUUCCAAUGGCUACUAAACGAAUAUGGCUAUAAAACCACACUCCGGAUCUGGGCAGUCAUACUGUUCAUCAUGGGCGCGCCGCUGCUCUACUUCGUAAAACCACGGGUCCCCAUCUCCUCGUCGACACAGAUGCGGCCGCUCAAUUUCAGUUUCUUGCGCCAUCGAAGCUUCCACAUCUAUCAACUUGGCAAUACGCUCGAAGCUCUGGGCUUCUUCCUCCCCACCAUCUACCUCCCAUCGUAUGCGCGGAGUCUAGGCGCCUCGUCGCUUCCCGCUUCACUAACCGCCAUACUGUUCAACGUCGGCAGCGUCUUCGGCUGUAUCGCCAUGGGCACACUGGUGGAUCGGUACCACGCAACGACAUGCAUCCUGGUAUCCACGGCGGGGAGCACGAUUGCCGUGUUCCUCCUCUGGGGGGUGUCCGCAUCGUUAACACCACUGUAUAUAUUCUGUGUAGCGUAUGGGUUAUUCGCGGGGUCGUUCACGUCCACGUGGCCGGCUGUGUGGAAGGCUAUACGGCAGCAUGAAGGGUUUGCGGAUCCCGGGCUCGUGUUUGGGUUUCUGUGUGCUGGUCGGGGAAUCGGGAAUGUGGUCAGUGGGCCGUUGAGCGAGGCGUUGAUGAAGGUGAACUGGAGAGGGGUGGGUGGUGCAUAUGGUAGUGGAUAUGGCGGGUUGGUGGUUUUUACGGGUGUGUCUGCUUUCUUGGGGGGAGUGAGCGUUCUGGGGAGGUCAUUGAAAUGGGUUUAA